AUGGCCUCCUUCACGUAUGCCAAUGGCGACGAGCCAGGUGAGUUUUCCGAGGGCAUCUUCGUGACAUUAGUGGUGCUGUCGCAGAUCGGCCUCUUCGUUUGUAGUUCCAUUGCAGCCAAGAAAGCGGGCUUUUGGUACGAGGAUCAGGUGCAUCGCAGCUACACGGUCUUUUACAACGCCGCUCUGGUUCUGAACCUGAUCUUGGACAUUAUGCUGCAAACCUACCUAAGCUACUUGCAGAUGGUAGGAGUCGGAGUGCACACAGCAGAUGGACAACUUUUGGGUGCGAUGACGAACUUUCAGGAUAUCUUUGAGUCCUACCCCAUGCAGAAGUCGCUGGGGAAGCUGCUUUUCAAGUAUUGCUGGCCAUGUACCUUCUUCGUGCCCCUUGGUAUGGCGAGGCCUUUCCUUUUUGAGCCGGUGAUUGCCCAGCUCCUACCUGCUCACAUCGCCAGGAUCUUAGUUGGCUCCAAUCCACGUAUUCGAGGUGAAAUGGCUGAGAAGGCCUUCGAGUUGGGCGAGAUGGAACCAGGACGCUAUGCAGACUGCAUCUUCAACGUGAUCCUGGUGACGUGCAUUCCCUUCAUUUCGCCCGCCUACAUGGCAAUGACCUUUGGUGCCUUGAUUGUCUCCCAUGUCUACCUCUACAGCUAUGACCGGGCAGCUUGGAUGCGGUGGAUUUCAGCGCCGAAGCAUAGGCCAGUAAAAAAUCCCUUAAAGAAGGCCAUGGAUCACCAGGGAUGUUCCAAGAUGUUCCAUAUCCAAAGUGGUGGUGAUAUGGUGAUAUGA